UUUUGUCUCGCCUUGAGAACAAAUCAAAAUUGAACUCUUUGAGUUGAAGAGACGAGCACACCUGUGGCCGUGGGAAUCUCUACCAAAGAUCAGGAAAUCACUUUCUCUCUGUUCACGUUGUGCGAAACAGGCCUCGAGAGCACCUAAUCUCACGUACAGUCCCAAGUGCGGACGCGCUGCUUCCUCCGGCAAGCUUCAACACCCCCGCGCACUCCAGCAACAUCUCCCAGUAUAGCGCACGUUCGAUACCAUCAACAUGUCGUCCUCAGUCUUUUUCAAGUUCAAAUCUCAAAAGGAGCCCACUCGCGUGGAGUUCGACGGAACAGGCAUUUCUGUCUUUGAAUUGAAGCGUGAAAUCAUCCUACGGAGCGGACUCGGCGAUGGAACCGACUUCGACCUCGUGAUAUGUGCCGAUGAGGGCAUGAAGGAGGUAUACGAUGAUGAUACGACCAUCAUCCCCCGGUCAACCACGGUCAUUGCCCGACGUAUGCCCCCCAAGGUCCCCGGUAGAGGAGGGGCUGCCCGCUAUGUGUCUGGCAAGAUGCCAGUGCACGCAAAGAACUCGUCACGGCGGGAGCAAAUUGUGAAACCCGCCACCAAGGCACAGUCCAAUACCCUGGCGCAACUUAGCAGUGCGAUGACAGAGGAGGAAAAGAUGGCAGCAGUCUUUCAGGCACAGACUGAGAACUUUACUUCUCGAGAAGAAGAGAUGGCCACCCAGCAAUACGUAGCAAAGGGAGGCCCCAAGAAGCCAGCCAAUGUCCCCGAUCAUGACCCUCCUCAGGGUUACAUCUGCUAUCGUUGUGGUGAGAAGGGGCACUGGAUCCAGCUAUGCCCAACGAACGACAACCCGGAGUACGACAACCGUCCGCGCGUCAAGCGAACUACGGGCAUUCCCAGAUCCUUCCUCAAAACGGUGGACAAGGCAACAGCGUUGGGCCAGAAUGCCGACGGCAGUGAAUCGAAGCCGCCUUCCGGCAUCAUGGUCAAUGCGGACGGGGAGUUCGUGAUUGCUGAGCCUGACAAGGCAUCCUGGGAGCAGUUCCAGGCCAAGGCCAAGGCCAACCCUACCGCACAAAAGGCCGCUGCCGAGGGGGACAAGGAUGUCCGGGAGCGAGGCUUGGAGUGCCCCAUCGACAAGAAAAUGUUCAUAGAGCCAAUGAAGACUCCAUGUUGUGAGAAGACGUAUUGCAAUGAUUGCAUCACAAAUGCUCUCAUUGAGAGCGACUUCGUCUGCCCGGCGUGCAAAGCCGAGGGCGUCCUGAUCGAUGAUCUAAAGACGGACGAAGGGGCUGUGGAGAAGAUCAAGGAGUUUCUCGCUGAAAAGGAUGGUAAGAAGGAAGGGCCUAAAAGUCCUGUGGAGUCGAAAUCACCAGUUGCCGCUGCUGCCGGAGAUGAAACCGACAAGACCAACACGAGCAAAGCAAAAUCGAAAUCGCCGUCACCGAAGCCCGCAGCCCCGGCCACCACACAAGCAAACCAGUCGUCAACCUCAACAGCGGGGAUCGCCGCGUCGACACCCGCCACGGGCGAGAAUCAACCUUCCAAGAAGCGGCCCGCCGAUGACAUUUUGGAGAACCCUAAAAUCCCCAAGGCACCAAAGGCAAUGCAGAAGGCACAGGAGCUUCAGCAGCAAAGCAUGAUGCCAAUGAUGAACGGGAUGCCAAACAUGGCAGGCGGCAUGCCCGGUAUGCCCGGCAUGAACGGCAUGAUGCCCAUGAUGUACGGUGGCAUGCCCAUGAUGGGCGGCAACUUUGGCCCCAUGGGCGGGAUGAACAUGGCCAUGAUGAACCCCAUGAUGAACCCCAUGAUGGCUGGGCCCAUGGGGGCCGGCUUCGGCGGCAUGAACAACAUGGGUGGUGGUGCGGGCGGAUUCAACGGCAGCUGGGGCGGUCCCGGCGGCAACGGCGGCGCGAAUAUGGGCGGCGCUGCGCGGAUGAACGGGAUGGGGAUGGGGAUGGGGAUGGGGAUGGGUGGCGGAUUCGGCGGCGGCGCUCAGCAACAACAGCAAUUCCAGCAGUCGCAGCAGGGCCAAGGCCGAGCGCAACAGCAAUUCGGGAACUACAACCACAACAAUAAUAACUACGGGUAUCAGCCUACCGAGGAGGAAGACGCCUACUUCCGAAAGCCGGUGAAUCCGCACCGGCAUCAGAAUCGGCAGCGCCGCAUCCGGCCGAGCGAUUACAGGGAACUCUGAGAGAGCGUAUUUUCCGUAUUCGCCUACGGUAGUACUUUGGUUCCCUCGCCACCUUGGUAUCUCGUACAUAUUUCGACACAUGACCGGCUGUCAACUCUACCUGCAC